AUGGCGGCGGCCGGGGCGCGCAGCCCGGGCGCCCCGAAGGGGACGGCGGCCCGAGCCCGGCGCCCGCCCUGGGCGCGGCUGCCCCCGCUGCUGGUCCUGCUGGCGGCGGCGGCGGCGGGCCCGGGCCCGGGCGGCGCGGCGCUGUACCGCGCGGGCGAGGACGCCGUGUGGGUGCUGGACAGCGGCAGCGUGCGCGCCGCCACGGCCAACAGCUCGGCCGCGUGGCUGGUGCAGUUCUACUCGUCGUGGUGCGGCCACUGCAUCGGCUACGCGCCCACCUGGCGGGCUCUCGCCGGGGACGUGCGAGACUGGGCCGCUGCCAUCCGCGUCGCUGCCCUGGACUGUGCGGAGAAAAGCAACCACGAGGUGUGCCAGGCCUACAACAUCCACUUCUACCCCAGCUUCCGGUAUUUUAGAGCAUUCACAAAGGACUUUACAACUGGCGAAAACUUUAAAGGGUCUGACCGAGAGCUGCAGAUGGUGAGACAAGCCAUGAUUGACUUCCUGCAGAAUCACACGGACGCAAACAGGCCUCCCGCCUGCCCGGCUCUGGACCCUAUUCGGCCCAGUGACGUUCUUUCUCUCAUUGACAACCAUGAGGGCUACUAUGUGGCUAUUCUGUUUGAGAGCAACAGCUCGUAUGUUGGACGUGAGGUGAUCCUGGACCUGAGUCCUUACGAGAACAUCGCGGUGAAGAGAGCCCUGGACAGUGACCCGGCCUUUCUGGAGAAGCUUGGCAUCUCUUCCAUUCCUUCCUGUUACCUGAUUUACCCAAAUGGGUCCCACGGGUUAAUUAACAUCGCGAAGCCUCUCCGGUCAUUUUUUUCCUCUUAUUUGAAGUCGUUGCCAGAUGUGAGGAAAAAGUCGCUUGCGUUGCCUGAAAAGCCAAGCAAAGAAGAAAACUCUGAAGUCGUGGUGUGGAGGGAGUUUGACAGGUCAAAACUGUACACGGCGGACCUGGAGUCAGGGCUGCACUACCUCCUGAGGGUGGAGCUGGCCGCCCACAGGACACUGGCCGGAGCCGAGCUGAAAACACUGAAGGACUUUGUUACUAUCGUUGCCAAGCUGUUUCCCGGUCGCCCGCCCGUCAGGAAGCUGCUGGAGAUGCUUCAGGAGUGGCUGGCCAGCCUCCCUCUGGAUCGAGUCCCGUACAACGCCGUCCUGGACCUGGUCAACAACAAGAUGCGGAUUUCUGGAGUAUUCCUCACUAAUCAGAUCAAGUGGGUUGGAUGUCAAGGAAGCCGCCCGGAGUUGAGGGGUUACACGUGUUCUCUCUGGAAGUUGUUCCACACUCUGACUGUUCAGGCCGGGACCCACCCUGACGCGCUGGAUGACACAGGUUUCGAAGACGACCCCCAGGCGGUGCUGCAGACCAUCCGGAGGUACCUACUCACCUUCUUCGGCUGUAAGGAGUGCGGGGAGCAUUUUGAGGAAAUGGCUAAAGAGUCCAUGGAUUCCGUGAAAACCCCAGACCAAGCUAUCCUCUGGCUUUGGAAGAAACAUAACCUCGUGAACAGCCGCCUGGCAGGCCACCUGAGCGAGGACCCCAGGUUCCCCAAGGUCGCGUGGCCCACUCCGGACCUCUGCCCCACCUGCCACGAGGAGCUGCGGGGCCUGGACAGCUGGGACGAAGACCAGGUGCUGCUGUUCCUAAAGCGGCACUACGGCAGCGACAACCUCGUGCACACGUACGCCGCAGCCCUGGGUGGCACGGGCGAGGCCGAGGAGCGGGAGGGAGGCCGAGCCAACCCAGAGAGGCCUGGAGGCCACGGGGCCCAGAGCCUGCGCCAGCCCGGGGCACUGCCCCCCACACCUCGCCCCUCAGAGGGGUCACGCCCGGGACUGGCUGGGCCCGAGGGCCGCAGGGAGGCGGAGGCGGAGGCAGCCGCACCCUUCCUGGGGAUGGGCUUCUCCAGCUUGGACAUGAGCCUCUGCGUCCUGCUCUACGUGGCCUCCGCCACCUUCCUGAUGGUGAUGUUCUUCUUCUUCCGAGUGCGAUCCCGGCGCUGGAAGGUCCGGCACCGCCACCCGUCCGUGUAG